ACAAGCAGCGCAUCGCUUAUGCGGAUAUCCGGGAUCCCUGGACGUACUCCUCGCACUCACUUUGCACUUUGAGCACUUGUCGGUACAUUUUCACGCAAGCAGGUUAUAAACUCCCCAGUUGUCAGUUGUCCGUGGUGCAGUUGUAUCAUGUCGUCCGGCGGAGAAGCCGUGUUCCGGGCCCUGGAGACGCCGCUCCUCGGCCUAGGCGCGCUGACCGCGGCCUGGCUGUCUGUGAGCUGCGUGUGGCGGCUCCUGUCCGGGAUCCGGGUGUGGGUGCUGGGCAACGGGCGGCUCGUGUCACCCGGCAAACUGGGGCCAUGGGCAGUUGUGACGGGAGCCACAGAUGGGAUUGGGAAGGCCUACGCAGAGGAGCUUGCCCGCAGAGGCUUCUCGAUCGUGCUGAUCAGCCGCUCCCAGGAGAAGCUGGACGACGUUUCCAAAGCGAUCUCCAGCAAAUGUGGUGUGGAGACCAAAACGAUCGCAGCGGACUUCAGUGCCGUCGACAUCUACGCAAAAAUUGAAGAAGGACUCGCGGGGCUCGAGAUUGGCGUCCUGGUGAACAAUGUGGGAAUAUCCUACUCCUACCCCGAAUUCUUCCUCAAUCUGCCCGAUCUGGACACUUUCAUCGACACGAUGGUCAACGUGAACAUAACAUCAGUGUGUCAGAUGACGCGUCUUGUUUUACCUCAAAUGGUGGAGAGGAAGAAGGGCGCCGUCCUCAACAUCUCAUCUGGCAGCGGGAUGUACCCCGUUCCUCUUCUCACCGUCUACUCCGCCUCCAAGGCAUUUGUGGACUUCUUCUCCCGAGGACUGCAGGCCGAGUACAAGAGCAAAGGCAUCAUCAUCCAGAGCGUUCUACCAUUUUUUGUUGCUACCAAGCUGAGUAAAAUCCGACGGGCCACGCUGGACAAGCCCAGUCCGCAGCGCUACGUCGCAGCCGAGCUCAACACCGUGGGGCUGCAGACCCAGACCAACGGCUACCUGCCCCACGCCAUCAUGGGCUGGGUGACUACGGCUCUGCUGCCUGCCAAGAUCCUCAACAGCUACUUGAUGGGGAUGGGCUUGUCCCAACGCGCCCGUUACCUCAAGAAGCAGAAGCAGGGGUAGAUGGAUUGUCUGACCGCCGCCGCCAUCAUCAUCAUCAUCAUCGUCGUCGUCAUGAACCAAGAGGAGGAGAUGUGACAGUAUCUCACAAAACAUCUCUCUCUCCUCUCUCCUCUCUCCUCUCUCCUCUCUCCGAUACGCCUACUCAUAGAUUACGUGAAGCGGCGUCUGGCCACGGUUGUCUUUACACAGAAGGUUGAACAAAGCGGUGCUCAAGUGACAAGCGUUAACGUACGCGUCACUAACGCGGAAACUAAAACCCAACUUUUGAAACUAAUCUCCAAAAACAUCGAUCGUAAAUCUGAGUCUGUAGAAGGAGACGUGUGUGUGUGUGUGUGUGUGUGUGUGUGUGUGUGUGUGUGUGUGUGUGUGUGUGUGUGUGUGUGUGUGUGUGUGUGUGUGUGUGUGUGUGUGUGUGUGUGUGUGUGUGUGUGUGUGUGUGUGUGUGUGUGUGUGUGUGUGUGGACCGUGGCACUUAGUUUUCUAAAGCACUUACUAUCAAGAUCUAAACUGCUGAUGUGUGGGGGGGGGGGGGUUGUGAUAGUUAAAGGCUUCUUUAAUUCCUCAUUCUCAUUUUUUAAGAAGUUUCAAAAAGCACGCAGCUUUCUUUCCAGUACCAACCACAGAAUCUUUUUGCUCUCUUCAUCCUAAUAUUUUCUCAGUAGCGUUGAUGUAGAGGGGCCGUGCGUACGAUCUAACAAAUUGCUUUUUUCAUCUGUACAAAAGAAAUAUCAAGAGGAGGCUCUGUGGAUAAAUAGCCGGGGCAGAGGGGGAGAUGCUGUGGUAGAAUAUUGAAAUGUGUGUUUUGUUUACAUACCAAAUUGAUUUUCAAAUGAAUUAAUUCUCGAUCUUUUCCCCCAUGUUUUGUCGGAUUUACUAAAAUGCUCAAACCAAAUGUGCAGAUGAGACCAAUGAAAUCAUGUAAAAGCUCUGAUGCAUGUCUUUGACUUUCUCCUUUGAAAAACUACACGUAUGUUGGGAGUACGGUAUAUGUCUGUAGUUUCAACGCUUAAGUUAUUCUGUGUUAAUCCCAAUAGAAAAUUUGUACGUAACAUCUUCGCUCUCGGGGACCAACUUCAAUGCAAAGGCCACGGGGAAGCAGCAUGUUGUUCGGGAUGCAAGCGGAGGUAAACCAGAGCAACUGCAUUUUACUCUGAUGCUCUGACAACACGGCAAAAGUAUAUUGGAGUUUGUCCUUCCGGUCUACAAUAAACAUGCUUUCCAAGAUAA